ACCUAGUAAUGGCGCGGGUACAUCGAAAGCUAGCAUAGUAGGAACUGAAUUUCUUCUUUUUUUUGUGUUCGGCGAGAGAAAAAGACGGGAGCACCGGGGUGAGAAAACGAUCUGACCCCUCGUCCCUCUGGCUUUGAGGGCAAGUGAAAGCGGAUGGGACAGUCUGGGCGAAGGUGGCCAGUUUAGCUCGAGAGGCUGAUUGCCGUCCAUCCUAAUCAUCAUCCUAAUCAGCCUCAUCAUCGUGACGAGCGUGACCAUCGUAGUCGUUGCAAUCAAUCCAUCUUCCUCAUUUAUAAGACAACAAGUAGUCAGCUUGAAGUGGAGGCUAUUCCAUCCCUCUUCUCUCUUUGUCUUGAGUGACUGAAGAUCGACAAGUGGAGGGAAGAGUGGACGAGAUAAAGCGAGGCGUCAUAGCCUCAGAGAGAGAGAGAGAGAGAGAGAGAGAGAGAGAGAGAGAGAGAGAGAGAGAGAGAGAGAGAGAGAGAGAGAGAGAUGGCAAAAAGAAUGGAGAUGGCAGUGGUGGUGAUGGUCAUGGUGAUGGGAUUCGUUUCGAUGGUGGGAAUGGUGAGGUCACAGGCAGUGGCCACGUGUCCAUGGACGGGAGAGGCGGCUAAGCCUCCGACGCGUGCUCAGACAAGAUGCAAGUCUGCCGCAAGUCUGAGUUGUUGUGGGGACUGCGGUGAAAUUUCGCUAGCGCUGAAAGAAAAGUCGGCCAAUCUCUCUGUCGUAUUGGCCAAGGCUGGACCUAUGCUUGGGAAGAAUGGGGCUGCUUCUUUGACGGGACCAGUCUGCUCUUACCUGGCCGGUUAUCACCGCUGCCAGGCCUUGGUCGAAGCCUUCGGCUGCGCAAUUAGCUGCGACCCGACAUCUGGAAAUUUCAUCGAGGUCAACGCUGACCGUUCUGGGACUGUUUAUAUCUGCGAGGACGUGAUGGUGGAUCUGUACAACAGCUGCGGCUCCGUAGAGUUCCCUCCCCCUGUGGGAGCCCUUCGCGAUCGCAUUCCCGGUGGGCCAUCCAUGCUCAGCAUGUUCAUUGGACUCACUAAGUUCUCUCUUCCUGUGGGUCCUAUGGGUGGCCACAAGACGGUCACUUUCCGUGUUGUGAAGAAGGGUGAUUUCCAGGCUUGUUACAUGGGUCUGCCAGAGACGAGUUUCCCUGCUGCUCCUCUCUGCUGUGACCCCAUCGCCGUUCCCGAGCAGUGUGCCGCCUCCAUCAAGGGCACCCGAUCGCUUGCCGUAGCUGGGGAGCCGGUCACCGACCCCACAUGCUCUGCCGUAAAUUACGCUGCACCGCCCCCCAGUGCUGCUGGCGAUUCCGCGGACGAAACAUCUGCCAUGGGUAUGGCUUUGAUUGGAAAACUCUUUGGCCAAGGUAGCCCCUGAAAGACCAAGGAGAGGGCCACUGGCCUUGUGCCGAGGGGAUGGUUCACUCCUGUGACAGAUGAUCCUCGGGACUCGCAUGCUUGAAAAAUCCUCAAGGAUAGAUGCAAUAAUGUUUUGGUCUGCUUCCUAUUUGAAAAAGGACAAAAAGAACGAGAAUGGAGAAGAGUGAGGGAGGGGUGCAAGUGAGUUGUCGUGACUGUUUCGUUCGUGGUCUGAAUAUGAGGGCCUUCGUUCGAGUUCUUCCCUUGCCCUUCUCGAAUUUCAAAUUUGUCCUUGCUUGCCUCUUUUAAUUUUCCAGUCUGUCUCUCACUGGGCCCUUGUCUCCUCGAUUGGCCCUACUUUUUUUUUUUUUUUUUUGUUGGGAGAUUGUUCCUACUUUGAGACUGGCAUUCUGGUUUUAUUGAAUUUUGUUCUAAUUCGUGAUUAGUUUUUUGCCAGCUCAGCUGGGAACGCACGCACACCCUUGCCUUCCUCAGUCGUUCAUGGGCUUGAGAUUCGUUUUCGGCACCCACCUCACUGAGAUGAUCUGUUCUCGUGGCUCCUGGCCGGGCGCUACUUGUCCCAUCUCUGUGCUAUGUGGGUGCUAUGUCGGUGCUAUGUCCGUGCUAUGUCGGUGCUAUGUCCGUGCUAUGUCCGUGCUAUGUCCGUGGAGCUCUGCAAUGACUCUAGCAGCAAGUUUAGC